GGGGAGAGGAAGUCUCGGGAGGUAUUUAGUGAACCACAAUAACGAUGCACGCUCCCUGUGUGAACAGAUAGCGUCCAACCGAGUAACUCCACACAGUCCCGGCGGUCUGUAUUGCAGCGUCAUGAUGAAGAGGCGCCUAGGCUUGAAGCGGCUUUCUGAUGUUCUUAACGAUGGACCGAGCGGAGCAGAAAAGACUCUUUAAAGGCUUGUUUCCGAGGCGACAUUGGGGGGAGAAACACGUCUGCCCCAGUCCUGAACCCUAUCGACGGCUAGAAGAACUGCGGCUUGAGUAGAAAUCUGACACGUGGAUUACUCUUCGAAAAACAGACUCUCCUCUGUGACUCGGUGUUCAGCCCGUGACUUCCUGAUUUGCAUCAAUGUAACAGAACGAUCGAAAGAAAAAGAUCCAAAGGGGACUGGUGAUACGUCGCGUUGAAUGGCAAUUAUUCAAAAACACGGAAAGAACUCUUGUCCACAACUGGUCUGCAAUAAGGAAACCCAUCCACAUGACAAGAGCGGGGUCUCUGGAUGUCAGAAGAAGUGGCCCGAACAGAAUGCCCAUUGGUCAAGACCCCUGGCGCGGACAUGGACCGUUGUCCUGCUGUUCGGGACGUGCCUGCUGUACUGUGCCCGUGUGGCAAUGCCCAUCUGCUCCGUCAGCAUGGCACAACAGUUCAACUGGACCAAGAGGGAGUCAGGCAUGGUGCUGGGCAGUUUCUUCUGGGGCUACUGCUUUACACAAGUCCUCGGGGGAUAUGUUAGCGACAGGGUUGGAGGGGAGAAGGUCCUACUCCUGUCUGCCGCAGCCUGGGGGGCUAUGACCGCCUUCACACCGGUGCUGGCCCACUUCUGUUCUCAGCCCAUCUUCUCCAUGACCCUGGCUCGUUUCCUCAUGGGACUGCUUCAAGGGGUACAUUAUCCUUCUCUGGCAAGCUUGUGCUCUCAGAAGGUAGUGGAAAGUGAGCGAGGUUUUCUGAUGAGCACCGUUGGCAGUGGCUCCUACUUGGGCACGUUGAUCAUUGGAGGGGCGGGCUCUCUGAUGCUGGACGUGUAUGGCUGGGAGAGUGUGUUCUACCUGACAGGCCUCCUCUCUGUCCUAUGGGCAUACUGCAUGUGGAAGUGUCUACUUAAAGGGGAAGGUCCGAUUAUCACACUGGAGUCCCUUGGAAGUGGUGGAUCUCAGUCCAAACUGACCAAGAGACACUGGCUGCGCCUCUUCAAACAACCGGCUGUGUGUGCAGUGAUUGUUGCUCACCUCUGCACAGCGAGCACCUUCUUCACUCUGUUGUCAUGGCUUCCGACUUUCUUUAAGGACACGUUCCCUGAUGCAAAGGGAUGGGUGUUCAAUGUCAUUCCAUGGUUGGUGGCCAUUCCCUCUUCUCUCCUCAGCGGAUGUCUCUCUGACCACCUCAUCUGUCAAGGUUUCGAUACAGCCUCUGUGAGGAAGUUAAUGCAGUUUUUUUCCAUGGGCGUUACCAGUGUGUUUACCAUUCUGCUUUGUGGAACAUCCACCUUUCCCUGGGCGGUUGCUUUUGUGUCAAUCACCAUGGGCCUCACAACCUUUAGCCACAGCGGGGUGUCGGUAAAUGUCCAGGAUCUGGCCCCUUCCUGUGCCGGAUCCUUGUUUGGUGUCAUGAAUACGUGUGGAGCUUUCUCAGGGGUCCUGAUGGUGUACUUCUCUGGGUACCUGAUCGAGUCGACGGGCUCCUGGGCGUCUGUGUUCUUCCUCAUCACGGUGGUCAACCUCUUCGGCCUCUUCACCUUCCUGGCCUUCGCCGAGGCGCGCCGCGUGGACAUCGACUCGGCCAAGCAGCGCUACAACCACAUCCACAUCUGAUCCCCCAGAGACCAUGGGGGGAACCUUCAACAGGAACCUGAGGAAGGAGAUGAGGGACAGGGUGCCAUGGGACCUGGACUCAGAAACUGGUCGGAUUGUAAUGGGUUAUCCGUGUAACCGGAGGUAUGUUGUAUUGUUGAAAUUCUAAUGGCAAGAGAAUCCUGGGGUGUUACGUUGCGUGUUUGAAUCAUUUCGGCUGAAAACACAUCCAGAUGUUACUGUCUAGUCACAUGUGUGAUGGUUCAAGACUAGAUACUUAGUCUUUUUGAAACAAUGGACACAGGAAUGUGGGAAGCGCAGUUGGGUUACACAGGACACAGAUUUAAGUUUACUGAAAGAAAGCCUUUUUGUUGGACCUUUGUUAACAUUUGGGCAUAUGUUACUGUUGUAGUUUCAUUGCAUUUAUUUAUCCCACCACCACCAACCCCACCACCACACCCCUCCGUCACACCUCUGUUUUUUGGUGUUUGUCUGAACAAGGUUGGUCUCCAUGACAACGUGAUGGUGAUGGACAUGUCUCGUGAGGACUCUGACAGAUGUCACAGACCAAGAGGGUUUUUCCUUUACCCUGAGGGUAGUGAACCCCAUCUGGGUAUUUUUUGCGUGUGUGUGCGGCAAGGCUCUCCCACCUGUGGACUUUGUAUUAGUAAGUGACAAGCCCCCCCCCCCGACCAUCCUCCUCUCCUCAACAAACCAGUCGGAGUGACAUCUCAUUACCGAGUGACUAAUUACCCGGCUGCCAUUAAAACGUCCUGUACAACUUGCCCCUCUGUUGUGCCCAUUGCCAUGGUUACAAGCUCAUCAUCUUGUCAUUCACUUUGGAUCUGGGAGGCUGUGGUGGGGCGGUUCUCUUUGUUGUUACUGGGCUUUUACUCAAAACGUUUCCCAAUGUCUAGAUUCAUAUUUUUUUUGCAUACAAUUUAAGACCAAAGGAUAUUAUUGUCAUUCGAUUUGCAUGAAAGACGAAUACCUCAUGUUAUAAUCAUUUUGGAGAUAUAUAUAUAUAUAUAUAUAUAU